AUGACGAGGUUCUCUAAGCUACUCCCGUUCGUGGAGAGCCAGAACGAAAAUGGGCUGUCAAAUUCCCAUCUUUUGCAAGAAGCCGACAUGUUGGCGAAUGCGCCUAUCUUUACCGGGGCCACUUAUAAUUUCGUCCACUCGAAAAUGAGACCUGAUCCAUCUGCUUCGUCUACUCUUAAUGACCAUUCUGUGGAAAAAUCUGAGGCAGGCUCAGUAAUCGACGAUGAUGGCCUUAGCCUCAUUCCGCAAUACGGACUUGUUGGAACGCGACAGGACGAAGACCACAUUGGUGAGCCGGCCGAAGACCGCCUCGUAUUGGCAAAUAUGAACACGCCAUGGUCCGCUUUCAUCUGUGGCUCUCAGGGCUCCGGAAAGAGCCACACAAUCUCCUGUCUUCUGGAGAACGCACUCGUUCCAGACAACCCAUCUGGCGAGCUCCCGCACCCUUUGGCGGGACUGGUCAUGCACUAUGACAAAUUCACCAACUACAACAGCACGCAAAUCUGCGAAGCGGCGUAUAUAUGCUCCUCCGGAAUCCCGGUCACGGUGCUCGUGUCUCCAUCGAAUAUCUGGGCGAUGAAGCGCUUGUACAGCACGCUCCCUGGCUUGAGUGCGGGGGCGCCGAAACCCAAGAUCCUUCCGUUAUACCUGAAGGAAACCCAGCUUAACAUAUCGAGAAUCCUCAAGCUAAUGGCCAUUGACCCCGCAGCAAAUGAGACCCCGCUUUACAUGGAUGUAGUGAUGAAUAUAGCUCGUGAUAUGGCGAUGGAGGGGCCGGGGUUCACGUAUACGGAGUUCCGCCGACGUAUCAGCCUAGUCAAGUGGUUGCCGGGCCAGGCCACGCCUCUGAACAUGCGCCUGCAGCUCCUUGAUAGCAUCAUCGAGCCGUCGAUGGUAACAUUGAAGAACAAGCCGGCGAGUUCCAAGGAGAACAUUUGGUCGUUCGAGCCAGGAUCGUUGACCAUAAUCGACUUGAGCGACCCGUUUUUCAGCUCCGCCGACGCUUGCACGCUCUUCUCCAUCUGUCUCUCGAUCUUUCUCGAAGAUAGGAACCAAUGUGGACGUGUCGUGGUGCUUGAUGAGGCCCACAAGUUCUUGCUCCAGUCCGGGGAAGCCAGGAUCCUCACGGAGGACUUACUCUCCAUUAUGAGAGAGCAGCGACACACCGGCACCCGGGUAUUUGUGGCCACCCAGGAACCCACGCUUGCGCCCGAGCUGAUCGAUCUGGCAAACGUCACCUUUGUGCACCGCUUCCUCUCGCCCAACUGGUACGCCAUGCUUCAAAAGCACCUUGCCGCGGCUAGCAAGACAGGUACUAGCGGUCUCGAAACCGGGGAGCAUUCCUUGUUUGACACGAUUGUGGCGCUGCGAACAGGGGAGGCAUUGCUGUUCUGUCCUACCGCGCAGAUGGAUAUUGUUCCUAUGCUCUGGCAAGGCAAACGCCUGAAGCCUCUGGGAAACUCAUACUCCAAGAUCAAGAUCCGGCAGCGCUUGACCAUUGACGGUGGGAAAAGCAUCAUGGCUGCGGAUACUUUGGCGCAACCGGAGGCACCAACUGUGCAGAUUGAGGAAAACCCGACACCAGCCAACAACACACCAAACGGCACUCAACCCACCACAAAGCCAGCCCCAAAGCCAGCCCCAAAACCAACCCCAACCGCGCCCGCACCUCAAAAAGCCCCCGCCCCCGCUCCCGCGCCAGCUCCCCCACCCAACCCCAAAGUCCCCAAAGUCCCCGCGAUAGUCGCGCAAUUCAAGACACAAGUGCAGAAAAACUUCUCGUCAGGCAGCUGGGCCCCCGGUACUCUCCUACACCCGGCGAUCCAAGCGCAGCUGUGCGCCGAGGUAGAGAAGGCGCUGGGUCUCGGGGCCGGGACGCUGAAAGAUCGGAGGGACCUCAAGACUUUUUUCGGUAAUGAGCUUUCUCACGUUGUUGUUGAUGUCGAUGUCGAUGAUGAUGAUGAUGAUAAGGCUAACUAA